AUGAAGGACGGCCACUUCGUGGACCAGCACGGGCGCGUCGCGCUGCUGCGUGGCGUGAACCUGGGCGGCUCCUCCAAGCUGCCGUUCGGCUACGGCCACACGGACGACCAGGACACGAGCGACUUCUUCGACGGCGCGGCCUCCGUGUCGUUCGUGGGGCGCCCGUUCCCCCUGGAGGAGGCGGACCUGCACUUGUCCCGCCUGCAGCGCUGGGGCCUGACGUUCCUGCGCUUCAUCGUCACGUGGGAGGCCAUCGAGCACGCCGGCCCCGGCCAGAUCGACCACGAGUACCUCAAGUACAUCCGCGCAGUGGUGGAGAAGGCGGCCGAGUACAACAUGCAGGUGUACAUCGACCCGCACCAGGACGUCUGGUCCCGCUGGACGGGGGGCGACGGCGCCCCCAUGUGGACGCUGGAGUGCAUCGGCUUCGAGCCGCGCAACUUCGAGCCGACCAAGGCGGCGCUGUGCCUCGAGACGUGCGGCCUGCCGGCGUCCAAGUUCCCCAAGAUGAUCUGGCCCACCAACUACGCCAAGUUGGCGUGCGCCACCAUGUUCACGCUCUUCUGGGCCGGCAAGAAGUACGCGCCCAACUGCUUGGUGGACGGCGUGCAGAUCCAGGAGUACCUGCAGUCGCACUACUUGGACUCGUUGGCCGCUCUGGCCGAAGCUCUCAAGGGCCUGCCGAACGUCGCUGGCUACGGCACCAUGAACGAGCCUUCCAACGGUUGGAUUGGCACCAAGGACCUGGUCAACUCGGGCGGCUUCAGGAAUGGCCACGCGCCUUCGCCGUUCUCCGCCAUGCUGCUUGGCGAAGGUAUUGCUCAGAACGUCGAGGUCUGGGGCGCCGGUAUCAUGGCCAUGAUGCGCGGAAAGCCCCUGCGCGCGGAGCGUGUUGACCCCAAGGGAGUGCGAGCCUGGAAGGAGGGCGCCGGCUGCAUCUGGAGGAAGGCUGGCGUCUGGGACUUUGACGCGCAGGGCAACCCGAAGCUGCUGAAGCCUGAUUACUUCAGUGGAAUCGACUUUGGCACUGAGUGCUACCUUCCCUUCGCGAGGAGGUUCACCAAGCGCAUCCAGAGUAUCUCCCCCAAGGCCAUGAUCUUCGCGGAGAUGCCUCCUACCGAGAUCGGCGACCUGGUGUUCCCUCAGAUCAGCAACGAGGACGUCCCGCUCGCAGUCAACGCCAUGCACUGGUACGACAUGAUCACGCUCUUCACCACGACGUGGCGCUCCUACUUCACGCUGGACUUCGCGACGGGCAAGCCUGCGUUCGGCAACGCUGCGCUUCGGAAGCUGCACCAGCACCAACUCGCCCACGUCGCCAGCUUCGGACGUGAGAAGAUGGCCAAGGCCCCGACGCUCAUCGGCGAGACGGGCAUCCCGUACAACAUGAACCAUGCGGAAGCGUACGAGACCGGGGACUUCUCCGCCCAAGUGGAGGCUCUGGACAACACCAUCUUCAACCUCGAGUCGCAGCUGCUGUCCUUCACGCUGUGGAACUACACGGCCGACAACUCACACAAGUUCGGAGACCUGUGGAACCUCGAGGACCUGAGUAUCAGCAGCCCGGACUCGGAGGCUCUGGCGCGUCGCCUCUCUGGCGUCCGCCGUCGUGAUGACUCUGCUCGUGCUCUGCGUGCAUUCGCGCGUCCGCACGGGCGCAGGAUCGCUGGCAUCCCGAGCAAGUCGCAGUUUGACUUGAAGACGGCCGAGUACGUGCUCGAGUACACGUCGGGGAAGUCGGUGGCGAGCGCAGUCACGGAGAUUUACGUCCCGUACGCGCACUACCCCGAAGGCUACCGAGUGACUGCUUCCGACGGCCACUUCACCAUCGCCAAGCACGAGGGCUACGACGUGGUGAAGCACGAGCACGACGGCCACGCGCACAAGCACCGUGUGGUGGUGUCUCGCACGAAGCCUCUGCGUUCUGCUCACUCCAACUGGCCCGUGUACCUUGCUCUUGCUGCCGCUGUUGCCAGCCCGUACAUCGAAGCGUACACGCGCAAGUAA